UCCCAACAAGAAAGAAGAAGCAGCAAAUCGAUUCAGCCUUAUUCCCCUGCCCUACAUCUUUCUUUGCGAGAGUGGACCAAAAAGUUUGAGCCAAGUAGGAGUUCAAACACGCGCGCACACGCACACCACUCGUGGCAUCUUGUUCUGAAGGAAAAUAGAAAAAAGGCUGCGGAGCUGCGAGAAAGCCGCGGAGCCUUGGAUGCUGGCGAAUGCUCUGGGGGGUAAUAAAAUGCGCUAGAGGCACCAGCAAGGCAGCCGGCGCGCUGGACAGCGGGGACACCCCACCCCCACCAUCGCCCAGUCCCGCCUCUCCGGGCGGCAGACGACUCUCCCUCCCCUCGGGCUCUGCAAAGGGCUGCGCAGCUCAGCCGAAGGAAGCUGGGGUCGCGUACUCAAAGCAACGGGGGGAACUUCAGGAGAAGGAUAAAAGAGAGAGGUGAAAGUCCCCGCAAGUUCCGGGCGCGAUUUGGCGAAAGCCGUCCUGCCCCCUCUGCGAAGUAAGUGCCGAACAAGUUGACAUCACAGAAAUAGCCAGUCCCUUUCAGUUGGUCUGUUCUUUUUGAUACAAGCAAAGAAACUCUACUAGCUUGAUGACUGCCAGGGGCAUUGCUUGCUACGAAAGGAACUCCCAUGAUGCGACUUCUGUUUUUGAAGAUGCUCCUCUUCUUGCUGUUCUUUCUCACAGGAUUGCCACAAACCAGCUCCCUGGAGAUUUCUCCUAAUGACCAAGAAGUCAUCCUCAGUCUCUACAGUGAUUUUUCUGUGAUAUGCUCAGGGCAGAAUGAGAUUUACUGGAAAAAGGACAGCAAACACGUAUUAGACACUGGGCUGGAGAGAAGGGACAACACUUUUAUUAGCGUCCUUACACUCAGGAAUGUGACUGGCUAUGAUACGGGUGAAUAUUCCUGUCUCUACAAACAAUCGGCAGAGGAAAAAGCCAUCUACAUUUUUGUACCAGACCCCUCUUUGCCAUUCGUACCUAGCAGCCAAGAGGACACAUUUGUUUUCACCACAGGCCAUGGUGAAGACAUUAUCCCAUGCCGUGUGACAGACCCCAACACAAGAGUGACCCUUUAUGAAAAGAAGAUCGAUGACCCAAUCCCCAGCACUUAUUUUGCACAACAAGGCUUCAAGGGGUACUUUGAAGACACGUCCUACAUCUGCAGGGCAACAUUAGACGAGCAGGAGUUUGACUCUGAAACAUUUUAUGUGUACAGCAUCCAAGUUUCAUCUUCUCCUACCUCCGUCAUCAAUGUCACUGUCAGUGCUGUGCAAACUAUUUUGAAACAAGGGGAAAAUAUCAGUGUGACUUGUGCAGUGAGAGGCAUUGAUCUGGUCAAUUAUACUUGGAGUUAUCCUGGUCAGAAGGUAGGCAAGGAGGUAAAACCAUGGACCGAUGUUGGAACAAGGGGCAGUCGCGAUACGAGUACCACCUUAACCAUCCACAAUGCAGAGCUGGAGGAUGAAGGAGAUUAUAUCUGUGAGGCCACUGACACAUAUCAUGGGCAAAAAGAAACACAAAGCAUCUUUAUCAGAGUCAUUGAGCAUGGCUUUGUGACCUUCCACACUAUUCUGAAUGACACAGUGUCUGCUGAACUGCACAAAAGCCACACCUUCCAUGUGCUGAUUGAGGCGUAUCCAAGCCCAACCAUCGUUUGGCUUCAGAAUAAUCAGCCCCUGACUUCAGAGAGCAACAGUGAAUUUGCCAUCAGCACCAGGAAUUCCUCAGAAACCAAGUACCAUACUACUCUAACCCUUGUGAGGGUGAAACAGAGUGAGGGAGGUUUAUAUACUGUCCGAGCAUUCCAUGAAGAUGACUUGAAAGAGCUCUCCUUCACCUUACAGAUUAAUGUACCAGCAAAGGUGACCCAUUUGAGAGAGGACAGCAACACGACCAGUGGGGAGCAAACAGUGACCUGCAUCACAGAAGGAAUGCCCCAGCCAGAGGUUGUCUGGUAUACCUGCAAUAAUGCCAAAUGGUGUGAUGCAGAAGCCACCAAAUCUCUGGUGAAUGCCUCUGAAGAGAUGGUUCUGGAAACAAACACCACCUACCGAGAUGAUAUGAAGAUUUACAUCGUGACAAGCAAGCUGCACUUCCACAGAGUAGAUGAGCCGGUCUUCCUCAGUUGUGCUACUCAAAACCUCUUGGGCACAGAUACUCAGAACAUCACCUUGGUCCCAGACAAUUUGCCCUUUAAAGUGAUAAUCAUCUCAGUUAUCCUGGCCUUGCUGGUGCUCAUGUUUAUUUUCCUAGUGAUCCUCGUUGCUGUGUGGCGAAAGAAGCCUCGCUAUGAAAUCCGCUGGAAGGUGAUUGAGUCAGUCAGCUCUGAUGGACAUGAAUAUAUCUAUGUGGACCCCAUGCAGCUUCCAUAUGACUCCAGCUGGGAGGUUCCCAGAGACAAGCUUGUGCUAGGACGCACACUGGGCUCCGGGGCCUUUGGGCGUGUGGUGGAAGCAAUAGCCCACAGCCUGAGCCACUCACAGUCUACCAUGAGAGUUGCUGUGAAAAUGCUUAAGUCUACUGCCAGAAGCAGUGAGAAGCAGGCACUAAUGUCGGAACUGAAGAUCAUGAGUCACCUUGGGCCUCAUCUGAACAUUGUCAACCUGCUUGGAGCCUGCACCAAAGGAGGCCCUAUCUACAUCAUAACAGAGUACUGUCGCUAUGGAGACCUGGUGGACUACUUGCACAGGAACAAGCACACCUUCCUGCAGUGUUGCAGUGAGAAAGCCAAGCAGGAAGCAGAGGUGUAUGGAAAUGCCCCCACUGAGGACAGGGUGCAGAGCCAUGUUUCCUUAUCUGUGGAAAGUGAUGGGGGCUAUAUGGAUAUGAGCAAGGAUGAGUCAUUGGAUUAUGUGCCCAUGUCAGUGCCCAUGUCAGAUAUGAAGGGUGAAAUCAAGUACGUGGACAUUGAUGCCUCCAAUUAUGGUACUACCUAUGAGCUAGACAGCUAUUCGCCAUCAGCUUCUGAAAAGGUGGCGUUGAUAAAUGAGUCUCCUCUUCUCAGCUAUGUGGAUCUUGUUGGAAUUAGUUUUCAGGUUGCCAAUGGAAUGGAGUUCCUUGCUUCCAAAAAUUGUGUGCACCGAGACCUGGCUGCAAGGAAUGUGUUGAUCUGCGAGGGGAAACUGGUGAAGAUCUGUGACUUUGGUCUAGCUAGAGACAUAAUGCGGGAUUCAAAUUACAUCUCCAAAGGCAAUACCUUCUUGCCAUUGAAAUGGAUGGCACCUGAGAGCAUCUUCAACAACCUCUACACUACCUUGAGUGAUGUGUGGUCUUUUGGAAUCCUCCUCUGGGAAAUAUUCACUCUGGGUGGGACUCCAUAUCCUGAACUGCCCAUGAAUGAGCAAUUCUACAAUGCUAUCAAACGCGGCUAUCGUAUGUCCAAGCCUACACAUGCUUCUGAUGAGAUCUAUGAAAUCAUGCAGAAAUGCUGGGAUGAGAAAUUUGAGAUCCGACCUUCUUUCUCUCAACUGGUGGUACUCGUGGGGAACCUGCUGGCAGACAGCUAUAAGAAGAAGUACCAACAAGUCAAUGAAGAAUUCUUGAAAAGCGACCAUCCUGCUAUUGUCCGCACAAGGCCCUGGAACUCAGGUCUCAACAAUUCCAGGUCCACUGCCAUCAAUUCCAGCGCCACCUCAGGCACUGUCCUUUAUACAGCUGUUGAACAGAAUGAACUGGACAAUGAUUACAUCAUUCCUUUGCCGGACCUUAAACCAGAGGGAGCCAAUGAAAACCCGCAGGAGGCCUCCAGCAGUCGGGCAAGCUCUUCACUGAAUGAAGCACACACAUCGUCUACUAUAUCCUGCGACAGCCCUCUAGCCCCACAGGAAGAAGAAGAAGAAAAACAAGAAGAAGAAGAAGCACCAGAACUAAAGCCAGACUGCUAGGAUUGUUAGAGAGGUGUGUGAGAGAGAGCAUGUUUGUGUGCAUGCAUGGUGGUGCCGGGGAGUUCUGGUCACAAAUUGGUGCUUCCCUCUCCUUCAGCCCUACUGCAAUAUGCCAUUAUCUUCCAUUCUCUUCAGCCCACAGCAGAACCCAGAAACUGUAACACUGAAGAGACUUUCUGCAGCCAGGAUUGAGUAGAAGUUUAUAUGGCUCCUCACGCUUCAUAACUGAGACUAUUUUCGUUCCAUUGCCUAAUGCAGAAUUCAUUCUCCAUUCAUACUUGUCUCUGCUAACCAAGACCAUCAUGAUGAGAAAUGUCACUCUUUGCUUGACAGCUUCACUACCUUAUUGCUGGAGCGGAAUGAACCUUCAUAUAAGACUAAUCUCUCCACAAUAAGGCAUGUUCCCCUUGUAUCAAGCCAGAGAAAAAACCCCAGUGGUUCUCUUGAGGAGUGCCUUUACUCUAAUUGUUUCACUUUCUAUUUUUGCAAGCUUAUUUUUGAGGCCAGCAACUGUUCAAUGAAUUCUCUAAUCAAUGGAUUAUUAAAUUACACCUUUUAAAACUUAUCCUGAAAGUGUGGAUGGGGUAUGAAUGUACAUAUGUAUGGACAGUUUUUUUUUGUUUUUGCUUUGCUAGCAAAGGAGACACCGAGAAGUGAUCUGCCCACAGUUUUAUCCAAUUUACAGACAUUGCAUGGAUUCUCUGUUCAGGGCAGUAUUAUGAUGAUGACCAACAGAAGAGCAAUAUCAGGCAUUUCACUCGGGUUGUCCUCUUCAUUGCCUGGGUUCUCCACUGCUUUUGCUGAGUAGUUCCAGGAUCACGAGAAUGAUGGUACAGAUACAGGUACCGUGGAUUACAGGUACUAAUAGAUCUCAAGGAUCAGAGAUUGUCUAGACUAGACCUAAAGCCACAACUUUAUCGCCCAAGGACAUACUGAGCAAAUGGAGACCAUCAACUAAUGACUCAGCUGUGGCAACAGCAGGACAGUCCACGGCUACAUUUCUCUGCAUUCUGCCUUUUUAUCAAAUUUCUCAUUUUA